AUGGGGGUGGGCGACUAUGUCCACUCUAGAGAAGCUGGGCAGCCUCGAGCCCCCGACAACGGUGCGGCCCAGUCGCGCCAGCAACGUGCAGAGCAGGCCAGAGUCGAUGUGCCUCCCACAUUAGUUCAUCCAAGCAACACAAUUAUCAAUGGGAGUGGUGCUGCACUAGAAUUCCCUGGAGCAUCUCAGUUUCCAAACCAGCCCCGCACUACUCCCGCCCAUGCGCUGCAGCGCGAUGUCUUUGAUACUGAUGUUGAGGCGAUUGAUGAUUCAACUGUCACCGGAACGAGUGUCUCUGGAUUUGAAGAUAACAAAUCCCAAGCAGCGUCAAGUACGAAUGCUGCUUACACCAACCCCGAUCCACAGCCUACGUAUCAGACCCGACCUGUUCGACUUGCCUACGGGUCUAACUGGUAUGAUGGCCGGGGUGGCCAAGUCAUGAAGACGAUGGGCUUUGACUCCGAUGACCUUGUGGGCUUCGAUAGCCCGAUGACAUCUGACGCUGGAGACGACGAGAAGACUGAUGAAGUAGCCACCGGCUGGCAAGCGUCACACAAGUCGCGUACCACAGAGCAGCCGCUGAGCAAACGCUUGGAAAGUUUUUGGUCUCAAAGCAAAAAGAGGACUUCUUCACGCCAGCCUGUCAAUGUGGAUUCCGACCCCGAGCGGCAGCUGCAGCCUCAGCCCAAACCUCAUGCCAAGCCACGAAAGUUGGGCCAAAUGCUCCCUCCUACCGGGGCUAGAAAGGUUGUUCUCCCACCCAACGGAUCUGCCACGCCCAGAACCCGUUUUAGUCCACCAAAGCCUUCCCUGCUUGAGCAACUCGACCAAAAGCUUGAUAGAUCACCCACUCGUCAGAACUCUCAGCCCCCGCCAGAACUUGGCCGGACACUCAGCAUAACGGGCUUCCAAACCGACAGUGACAUCGACGGUAGUGGCAGCGAUGAUGGCAUGGACCACACAAUUCGUGCCAGUGGAAGACGAGAAAGUGACCAUUCCCACAAUGUCUUCGAUAUGACCAGUCUGACGGACCUGGAUGCCGACGAAACAAUGCAGGACCCCUUCUAUACCAACGCAUCUACAAUCAACGAGUCUACACACGAACCUAUGCACGAGCCUACACACGAGCCAAUACAUGCUUCCACACGUCCCCGCCGCAACACAGUCAUCCGUUCCAAAAAGCGAGAACUCGAAGCAGACUAUCCCCCAGACCUGCUGUACCAGAAAUCCUUCUCCGAGCUCCAGGCCGAGCCCUUUGAAAAAGCCCCAACACCACCUCCUCCCCCAGUUCAAUCACCUCCUUUACCUCCAAAACCAUCCUAUAUCCCCGAUACCCAAUCUCCCAAAAAUGCCGUCUCCCACUUGCUCCGUCUUUCCGAAGAAGAACGUCAGGCGUAUUUAUCCCAGAUGUCUAUGGAUGAAUGGGAAGACUGUGGUGACCAGAUGAUAGACCAGUUCACCCAUCUGCUAUCUGAAAUGAAGAAUCUUCGCCGUGCCCGUCGCCGUACAGCCGCAGUCUUUGAAGCAGAAAUCAAGCGCCGCAAUGACCAAGUCGAGGCUCAGACCUCAGAGCUGACGAAUAAAUUGACCGAGAUGAGAAGCGGUGGUGCAGAGGUCUUGCGCGGACGCAGCCAAUGA